UCAGAGGAGCAGUCGCAGAAUAAAUGAAACAGUAUAGGGGGGUAGGGUUGUGGUUUAGAAAGUAAGCUAAAAGGUAUGUGUCUGUACGUUUAUGUCCGUACUUUUGAUGAAGGUAUAUAUCCUGAUUACGACAUGGCAACGAAUUGAUCUAAGGCAUAGCAUGGUUAAUAUGAAUGGUGGUUUUUUAUUAUUUUUCUUUUCCAUUAUACCACCGAUUAUUAUAUAUCUAAACGCAUACAGCAUUGAUCUCUUUAGUGAGACGUAACAUCUAUCUCGCCUCAUAGCCCUUGACAGGUCGUACAAACGUUUUGACGCCAAACAGA